AUGGAAACCUCACCUGAUAAGGACGAGGGGGAGGCCGUGGUACGGAUACGGAAUGAAGGUAACAGUGGGGAUGAGGAUGGCAUUGAGCACCACGGCCGCGACGGCUCAUCGGAAGCGCCGAUGCGCGUCACAAUGACCUUUCCUGUCACGCACGACGCCACGGUUCAAGACCUUCAACUCCUUAUCGAAGUGAAAGAGCUCAUCAGUCCUGAAGCGCAGACCUUGACGUUCAAACAAAUGACGCUCAAACCAGCCAAUACUCUGCGCAGUUACACCAUUCAAAACGGAGAUACUGUCCACAUGCGUGUUUUACAGCCACGCAGACUUCGGAAGCCAGUGAUAUACAUCUUUCCGCCGACUUUCAUGCCCCUCGUCGACGUCUCCGUGGUCCUCGCCCCCCAAUGGCGCUUCACCCACAUCUACCCCCUCGCUGACACCAAGGUCUCCGCCGACACUGGGAAGCAAUGCGUCGCAUGGUCCGUCUCCGCCCAACCAGAUGGCACCCUCCUCGAACGCUCCUCCGGCCUCGAGCUCUCCUACCUCUUCUGGGAAGCCGAGGCGCACCACGCCCCCUCCUCCCCUCCCUCGAGCCCCACUCUCGCCGCCCAGCCGCCCAUCGAACACUUCGACCCCACCGCGCCCGCGCUCGACCCGACCUCGCCCACCGCCGUCUGCCUCCCCACGGCCGAGCUCCUCCCCUACCUCGACGCCGCCCUCAAGCGCCUCACCCUGCACGUCGCCGCGCGCACCGACUUCAUCACCUACUGGCUCCCGCGGCUGUCCAGGGCGCCGUUCGUCGCGCUCCGUUUCGUCGCGCAGGCGGCGUACGCGCGCGCGGCGGAGCUGCACGUCGCGCCGGCGCCGGACGUCGUCACGCGCGUGUUCGUGCUCUUCCGUGGGGUGCGCGAGGACGAGGCGGAGGCGUGGGCCGCGGCGCGCGAGCGGGCCGCGGACGGGAGCGUCGACUGGGUCGAGGUUGUCGGGGUGCAGGCGGCGGCGACUGAUCCUGCGGCGUUCAGGGUGUUGGAGUGGGGCGCGAUGGAGGUGCAGUAG